AUGGCUCUCUAUUAUUGGGAUAACGAUUUAGAACGAUCAGUUAAUAGUAUUUUUGAUAAUUUCAUUCAAGAUUUAAAUGUUGCAAGAAGAAGAACAACAACUCCUCGUGGUGAUGUGACAAAAAGAACUUGGUCUCCUUUGAUCGACGUUCACGAAAGUGAUAAAGAAUUGACCGUACAUGCAGAAUUACCAGGACUUGAUAAAGAUCAAGUUAAUGUCGACAUUCGUAACAAUGCUCUUGUAAUUUCUGGAGAAGUUAAACAGGAUGAAAAAUACAACGAGGGAAAUACUCACGUUCAAGAACGUCGAUUUGGUUCUUUUACUCGUUCAAUUUCUUUACCACGAAAUUCUAAGGUUGAGGAAACUUCUGCCAAAUUUAAUCACGGUAUUCUUGAAGUUAUCAUUCCAAAAGGAGAGAUUCCAUCUGGAAAAAGAAUUACUAUUCAAUAA